CAGAGGAAAGUGAACCAUGAGAGGAAACCUUACCGGUGUGUCAUCCCAAAACAUGGCGUUUACUGACUGCGUGAAACCCACUGAGCUGCUCGCAGACAAGAAGGGGAUCAAGAGGAAAAACUGGAGAAACAGAAUAAGAUUUCUCCUGAAGUCAAACUCUUCUCAUUCGAUCCUGCACCAGAAGAGAAACAGAUCGUACAGGCCAAGCGCUGAUGACGUGAACCAAUGGGCGCAGUCGCUUGACAAGCUACUCAGUCAUACAUACGGAAAAGCCGCCUUUUGUAUCUUCCUAAAAUCUGAGUUCUGCGAAGAGAACAUCGAGUUUUGGACAGCCUGUGAAGACUUCAAGACGCUCACGUCACACAAAGAGCUGGUGUCCAAGGCCAACAACAUGUACGAGGAGUUUAUUAAAAGUGAAGCUCCCAAAGAGAUAAACUUGGACUACCACACCAAAAACGCCAUCGUCCAGAGCCUCCAUGAGCCCACCGAAACUAGCUUCCUGGCAGCUCAAAGGAAAGUUUACAGCCUGAUGGAGAAUAACUCGUACCCCAGAUUUAUCCACUCCGACCUCUACAAAGAACUGUGUGCAGCUGCCAGGGGAGAGGGCAAGCACAUUAAGUCCUAGUCAAACCAGACAGCCGCUCCUGAAGUCAUUUGUUUACCGCUGUGACUGUGAAUAGACUGCAGAUAAUGUUCAUUCCAGACACUGCCUUGGAAUAAUAGACCCGAAUGCAAAUUCCAAGCAUAAACAUUAACAGAGAGUGUGGAAAAUGCAAAAGCCGAAAGCAUUUCUAGUCAGUCCUGCUGAGAGCUUUUCAACAAGGAAGCUGGGAUGAUUAGGAUGGAUUGGAUGCCGUAUGGUGCUGCAGGCGGUGCAGACACCAUUGCUACCAGAUGGGAUUAAGGUUAGAUUUUCAUCACUGGAGCUUCACCUGCACUUUCUUUAUUACACUAUCUGUUUGGUAUUUUAAGCAAUGAUGCUAUUUGAGAAACUGCUGUUGUAGAGCCACUGCAUUCAAAGCUUAAAGUCUGUAAAACUCUGCACGACUUGCCUCACGUUAAACCGACAGUGCUGUCAGAAUGUAUUUUCUGUAAUGACGUCCACUUGAAGACUCUGGACAGGAGUCAUUCACACUUCCUAUGUAGCCUUGCUGUUUAUUUUCCUGCUGUAUGUGCAGCAGUUUACACAGAAAAUAUAUAUUUAUUAUUAACAUCCACGGUUUCCACUGAUGGCUGCGUUUGGCCUGAAACUACUGUGACAAUGUUAUACACUGUAAAGAUUUUGAUAUUGCUUCAAGUGUUUAAUGUCAAUGUAAGCUUGGUGCAGCUGGACUGCUUGUGAAAUAAAAAUGUAUUCUUCAAUGCCGAAA